AGUUAUUCUGAAAAUCGUUUCGACAAAAUCGAAAAUUACUUUGGCUGAGAGUGUCGGAGUUUGAACAAAGCACACACAUGUUAUUAGAAACGGCACACGCAGAUAUGAUCCACGACGCACAAUUUGACUACUAUGGGAAAAGAGUGGCAACUUGUUCCUCCGACACCAUAGUCAAAAUCUUUAAAGUGGAAGGAGAACAACAAGUAUUGGAAGCAGAACUGAGAGGCCAUGAAGGCCCAGUUUGGCAAGUGGCUUGGGCACACCCAAAGUUUGGAAACAUUGUUGCCUCAUGUAGCUACGAUGGGACAGUGGUACUCUGGAUAGAAGAGGCACCUGGGACUUGGUCACAGUUUUUUCGAUACGAUCAACGUAGAGCUUCUAUCAAUUCGGUUGCUUUUGCUCCUCACGAGUAUGGUCUUUCUUUUGCUUGCGCUUCUAGUGAUGGAUAUGUAGCAGUCUUGACACAACACGAAGAUGGCAACUGGGAGGAGAAGCUUUUGUCUGAAUCUGCUGACAACAGUUUUCCUUCGCAUAAUCUUGGUGCUAAUGCCGUCACGUGGGCUCCUGCCGUCCAACCAGGCGCACUGUUUUCACAUGAAAGAAGUACUCCUCCUCUGAAACGAUUGGCAAGUGGUGGUUGUGACAAUCUUAUAAAGAUAUGGUGUUGUGACAAUACAGGAUCUUGGAAAUUGGAAGGAAAUCCACUUGUCAAACAUUUGGAUUGGGUAAGAGGUGUCGCUUGGGCUCCAAGUAUUGGCCUAAGUGUGCAUACUAUUGCCUCUUGCAGUCAGGAUAAGACUGUUGUGAUAUGGACACAAGAUGAAAGUAGUUUGGAGUGGUCUCCUUAUGAAUUGGUUAAGAUGGAUGCUCCUGUAUGGUCUGUUAGUUGGUCUUUUAUCGGUAAUGUAUUAGCAGUGUCUUCAGGAGAUAGUACAGUUAGUUUGUGGAAAGAAGAUGUGGAUGGAACUUGGCGAAAUAUUCAAAAGUUGGAUAGUCCCAUGAAUGCAGCUUCAUAAAGCAUUAGAGAUUUGCCCAUAGUUUUGGGUUUCUCAGUGACUUUUUUUUGGCUAUGGAAGUGCACCAUGUGCCAAACAGUCUAUUUUGUCGCAUUUGCUUUGUUCCCUUAGUGCCUUCUUUGC